CCUUUACAAACAUCCUGAAACAGAUCCCGCUCGUAGCCCUAUUUCAUACCUUCAAAAUCCUAGAAGAUGUCAGGCGGUUUCUUUCGAGGCACUACGGCUGAUCAGGACACUCGGUUCUCGAACAAGCAUGCUAAGCUGCUUAAAUCUCACAAGUUUCCACCUGAAUUGGAGAAUCUGGUGGACAUGACAAAAGUUAAGAUGGAUGUCAUGCGUCCAUGGAUAGCGCACAGGGUGACUGAACUUCUUGGAUUUGAGGAUGAAGUUCUUAUUAACUUCAUUUAUGGCCUUUUAGAGGAGAAGGUUGUUAACGGUAAAGAGAUUCAAAUUUCACUUACUGGAUUUAUGGAGAAAAAUACCGGAAAAUUUAUGAAGGAGCUAUGGACACAUCUUCUCAGUGCCCAGCAGAACACAAGUGGUGUUCCCCAACAGUUCUUGGAUGCCAAGGAGGAAGAAACUAAGAAGAAGCAGGAGGAUACGGCCCGUAUAACCAGAGAAUUGAAGAGAAUAAAAGAGAAGGAAGAGCAAGAGAGAGUGAAGAUGGACAGAGAGGCCGAUGAUGUGAAAGCUGCUAAUUUGGAGGCCCACCCAAGGAGACGCACAAAAUUUUCUAGCAAGUGGUCAGCUGAUGACAAAGGGACUGAUGAGCGGAACGGAUCAAAAGAAACUGCGAGGAUUCCUCGAUCUCCACAUUCCGCUGAUCAUUCUCCGUCACCACCUCGAGGUACACGUCCGAGAUCAGUUAGCAAUUCCUUCUCUAAUUCCAGAAGUCAUUCAAGUUCAAGAAGUUUGUCAGCAUCCCCCAAACCCUUAAGGCACUCAGCUUCUCAUGAAAGGAGAUCCCACUCUCUUUCAAGACGCUCUUCUACACCUCGUCGAGUAGGCUCACGUCAGCGAUCACCAUUUCUUGCACCCUCACGCAGACAAUCACCUUCACCUGCAAGGCGUAGGUUGCGAUCCCCAUCCCCUGCAUCUUCACGUGGACGAUCACCUUCACCUGCAAGGCGCAGGUUGCAAUCCCCCACAUAUCGCAGAUCACGUUCUCCGGUGCGACAAAGAUCACGGUCACCAUUAAGGCGUAGGUCACGUUCUCCCGUACGCCGAAGGUCGCGGACUCCUAUUCGGAGGUCACGCACCCCCAUCCGAAGGAGAUCACGCACUCCCAUCAGGAGGAGGUCGCGAACCCCUAUCAGGAGGAGGUCACGAACCCCUAUCAGGAGGAAGUCACGCACCCCCAUCCGAAGGAAGUCACGGUCUCCCAUCAGGAGGAGGUCGCGGACCCCUAUCAGGAGGAGGUCACGCACCCCUAUCAGGAGAAGGUCACGCACCCCCAUCAGGAGGAGGUCGCGGACCCCCAUCAGGAGGUCACCGACUCCCAUUCAAAGGAGGUCACGGUCUCCCAUACGGCGAAGGUCAUCAUCUCCAUUUCAACGCAGGCCACGAUCUCCUUACCUACAAAGGUCACAGUCAACCACAUCUUCUUCCCCUGUGCACUCUAGAUCUCCUUCACCAGUUCGUCGCAGGUCACCAUCUCCUAUGAGGGGGCAAUAUCAGAAAGCCUCCCGAUCUCCUCCUCCAAUUAGGCGUCAGAGAUCCCCAAGGCCUGGAAAUAGGUCUUCUUCACCAUCAGGUAGAAGUUCUGUGUCUCCUACACGUGGUACACCACCUCCUCUGCCGAAAAGAGGAUCACCAAAGCGCGAACAGAGAUCAUCUUUAUGGUCUUCUAGAGAUGGACACAGAGAUCAUCAAGCUCCGCGAAGAGUGCCAGCUGAGAGUCAUUCUCCUGUUCCAGUAAGGUCUUUUAAAAGAGAACCAAAGGGCGAUGAAAUUUCUCAUCACGGAGAGCCAACUUUAUCACCCUCACUGCACAAAUCUCGUUCCAGUCCCAGUGGCGAGAGCCCUCUACCUCCAAAGAGACAAAGAAAAGGUGUGAUUACCAAGGAUCAUCUUGAAAAUGUAGAGGUCGAAGGAAUGACUUUUUCCAGUAAAAAUGAUGGAAGGACGAGUGAUCCUGAAUUAUCAAGUGACAGGGUACAGGACUCUGAAAAAGGAUACAAAGCUGAUGAGACGAACCAGGAAGCAGUAAAUAUGCCAAAGGAUCAAAGUGGCUCAUUGGAUUCUGUCUCUGAGGAAAGUGACCAUAAGAGAAAGCACAAAAGGAAAGACGUCACGUCAGGCGAUGAUAAUAGUCAUGAUUCUCAUGCAGAAGACAGAAAGGAAGCUAAGAGAAGACGCAAAGAAGAGAAAAAACUAAAAAAACAAGAGAAACGUAUACGACGGGAGGAAAGGCGUCGCAAAAAAGAUAUCCGACGGUCAGAAAAGCUAAAACUCAAGGCACAUGGGAAUGUUUCUCCGUCUUCUGAUUUUGACAAGAGUCGUGAUGAGUCAGUAGCAUUGUCUGAUGAGAAGAAACUUGAAAUUGAGCUCCGCGAAAAGGCCCUUGAAUCUCUUAGAGCCAAAAAGGGCGUUGCUCGUUAAUUUUAUCGUCUCAAUGUUUUACCUCUUAAAAAACGUUUUCAUUUUGGUUGUGUAGUGUUGAUAGCUCUUUAAUACUAGUCUGUGUUUACUGUGGGCAGCUGAACCGACACAGGCAUUAUCUUGAGUGCAUUUUGCCGAUUUCCUGCAAUAUUUUCUGGUAAUAAAUGUCAUCUUUCUUUUUA